AUGAUCAACUUCUUUGGCGGUAAGGCGCCGUCAGCAUCCAAGCCUACAACCUCGACGACCAGCACAACUACAACCAACGGCAACCGUGCAACAGCCUCUGCUACUGCUACUGCCCCCGCUCAGCCCCUGCUCAAAAAGGCCAAAGUCGUUUCAGCCUCCCCCGUCACGGUCGUCACCACUGUCAAACGCAAACUAGCACCGCCCAAACCCGCAGAGCCUCGUGAUCCCAUCGCCGCUCUCUCUGGAUACAACUCCAAGAAUGCCUUGCCCGAAGAGAAGCGCCGUCGCAUCAUCGAAGAGAGGCUCGCCACACAACGUCAAAAGUCGAUCGAAACCAGUCUAGAGGCGCAAUUGAGGGCGCCCGUCAAGUCUUCGUCCAAGUCCAAAUCCUCCAGCUCGAGCUCCAAACGAUCCGCCUCUUCCACUUCCAAGCCCAAAGCCAAAAAGCCUCGCAAGAAGGUUGUAGACUCGGACUCGGACGACCUCGAUGACGAUUUCGGCGAUGGCUACGGCAAAUCCUCCUCCCGAAGACCAAGCACCGCUCCUUCCACCCCUCGCGGAUCCAAACGUGCCAGCGUUGACCCGUAUCCCACCUCGGACAGCUACCAAAAGCUCGGACGAGAGGGGGUCUUGCCCAACUAUACCGUGCGGCGCGACAUUCUCGCUUCUGUACCGACGAAUGCACCUACAAAGCCCAUCUCUUCGGCCGACAUUGUCACCACCAACAUCAAGAGCUACGGCCCGUACUUUCAUGGCCUCGGCGAUGCUCCUCGGGCUGUGCUCGAGUAUCCUGGCUCGGGUGCCUCGGAGGAGUUCCUGCUGCUUGUUCCUAAGGAUGCCGACGAGUACGAUCCGCUGAUGGAGCUCCUUGCUACUGUCCGCGCCAUUGCAACGCACUACCUCACGCCUGAACAGCGCAAGGCAUUUGGCGCACUCGACAGUCUCGAAGUGUCGAACAAUGCCGGCAUGAUCCUGCCCAGCGCCACCAACGGUGCAAACGCCUCUACCAGCGCAGCCUCCAACACGGUCGCAGCCCUCGCCGACUCGAACGGCAUCAAUGGAACACGUGCAAAAUCCGUCGACUUGCUCGAUGGUCAAGGAAGCAAAGCUGAGCGUCGAGAACAACUGGUCGGUGGCGGUGGCGGUGAAGCAGGAAGCAGGACGCCCGAGCCUCAUGUGAACGGCAUCUCGCAGACCGCACCUGUUUCACCUAUGUCGCAGACCGGCAGUGCGAGUGUGACAGCAGGAGGGAGCUCAGUGGCCAAGACGGUGCUGGUCAACAAUGCGCUGUUGCGUCUCGACUCACCUGCGCCAACGGAAGCUUCGCUGGCCUCGGACCAUUCGUCUGCCACUGUCGAUCCGGAUUCCAUUCUGCGUUCUUUCACCAAAGCACGCAAUCGACGCGAUGGGCCGCUGUUCAUGCGUACGCUUGCACGCUUCAAUGCUGCCCUCGUGGCUCUGCGCGAUGCAGGUGCGCUCGCAGCCAACAUCGCGAGCCUCGGCUCAGCCACGGGUGUACCCGAGGGCAUCUGGCGCCUGAUCCAGGACCAGGUCUACGCCCGUGUCGUCGGCCCGCGCGUCGAAGAGCUGGGACGAUACCAAGCCUUCUCCGAUAAUGUCUACGGCGAGCUGCUGCCGCGCUUCAUGUCUGAGAUCGCGCAGCUGACGCACUUGGGACCUGGCAAAGUAUUUGUCGACCUGGGCUCGGGCGUGGGCAAUUUGCUGAUCCAGACGAGCCUCCAGACCGGCGCAGAGGCGUACGGGUGCGAGAUGAUGCCCAUCCCUGCAUCGCUGGCGGGCCAGCAGAUUGUCGAGGCGCAGGCGCGCUGGGCUGCGUGGGGCUUGCGGGGCGGGGGAGCGGUCGAGGCGUGGACGGGCGACUUUGGCGAGCACACGGGCGUGCGCGACGUGCUCAAACGCGCAGACGUCGUGUUGGUCAACAACUACGCGUUCCUGCCAAAGACCAACGAGAACCUGUCGCUGUUGUUCCUGGACUUGCCCGACGGCGCACAGAUCGUUUCGUUGAAGCCAUUCGUCCCGCCGGACUUCAGGUUGACGCAGAGGACGCUGAGCAGCCCGCUGGCGAUCCUGCGCGUGACCGAGAGGGCGUACACGUCCGGCUGUGUCAGCUGGGCUGACGGCGGCGGGCGGUACUACAUCCAGACGGUGGAUAGGAGCUUGGUGAGGGAGUUUCUCGAGAGCGCCAACAGUGGCGGCAGGAAGGGCAAGUCGAGAUCCAAACGGGACGCCAGUGAGGACGGGGGCGGGUCGGAUCUCAUGGUGGGCCAGGACGUCAGGCGGAAGCGUUGGAAGGCCGCGAUUGAGGAGGAUGACGAGGAUGAGGAUGACGACGUCUAG